CCCGCCUGCGAGCACCUCCACUCCGCCGCGCCCGCCCUCCCUGUCUCCACGCGGUCGGUCCACCCGUCCCUCCUCCGCCCGAGCCGCGGCGGCUGGCACUUCUGACUUCAGUCCCCGCCGCAUUCAUCGCCGUCGCCGCCCUUGGGAUCUGGAGCUCCGCGCCAUGGAGACGGCCACUGGCAGUGAGCGCGGGAGCCCCCCGGGCCCCGCAGUGCCGCCGCCGCCGCCCCGGGGCCACGCGCCCUUGGCUGCCGCCUCCUGCCCAGGCGGGCUGAGUCCCCCGGCGCGCGAGCCGCCGCAGCCGGAGGAGGAGCGGCAGCCGCGGAUCAGCGAGAGCGGCCAGUUCAGCGACGGACUGGAGGACCGAGGCUUACUAGAAAGCAGCACCCGGCUGAAACCUCAUGAAGCCCAGAACUACAGAAAGAAGGCAUUGUGGGUCUCCUGGCUUUCCAUUAUUGUCACCCUGGCCCUUGCAGUGGCUGCCUUCACUGUCUCCGUUAUGAGGUACAGCGCCUCUGCUUUUGGGUUUGCAUUUGACGCCAUCCUGGAUGUACUGUCAUCAGCGAUCGUCCUGUGGCGUUACAGCAAUGCGGCUGCUGUGCACUCUGCCCAUAGAGAGUACAUAGCCUGUGUCAUCUUGGGGGUGAUAUUCCUUCUCUCCUCCAUAUGUAUAGUGGUCAAAGCCAUCCAUGACCUCUCAACUAAGCUGCUCCCAGAAGUGGAUGAUUUCCUGUUCAGUGUCUCCAUUUUAAGUGGGAUCCUGUGCAGCAUCUUGGCAGUUCUGAAGUUUAUGCUCGGGAAGGUUUUGACCAGCAGAGCACUCAUAACCGAUGGGUUUAACUCCCUUGUGGGCGGUGUGAUGGGCUUCUCCAUUCUUCUGAGCGCUGAAGUAUUCAAGCACAAUGCAGCAGUCUGGUACCUGGAUGGCAGCAUAGGCGUGCUGAUCGGACUCACCAUCUUUGCUUAUGGGGUCAAACUCCUCAUUGACAUGGUGCCGAGGGUCCGGCAGACACGUCACUACGAGAUGUUUGAGUGAAGGUGGCUGAAGGGGCGGGAGCAGGUGGCUCCUCCUGAAGACUGACAAGGUGACGCCAGGUUUCCCUGUAGGCAGACGGUGCCAAUAUUUAACUGAACAUCCCAUUUCCUUUUUUUGGAAGUUUUCUUUCAUACAUUUGUCGUUAAAUGAUGAGGUCUGCUCAGUGGGCAGAUCUUUUCCGUACCCUCACUGUUGUCCCUGUCAAACACAGUAAGACAAUGCCCAGAGGAGGGGUCACGCUUCCUCAUCCUGGGUGGGAACUGACAUCAUCUAUUGUCUGCAGUAGAACAGUCCUCGAGGGCAGGGUAAGAAUCUGCUUGGUAGAAAGCCCUUCUGCGGUGCUCCUAGCCUGAAACAGUAACUGGCAAGGUCCACCUCUUAGUUUUUUUCUGGCAGUUUUUAGGGGAGAGCAUGUCCUUCUGCACCCCACCCCCCUUUCCUCUCCAGAACCAUCAGUAUAUCACUUCCUAAUUUCUAUCAAUGUAUUGCAUUAGUUUCAUACUGUUUUACUAAUAAUGCUAAAAUCUAAACAGAUGUGUCCAAAAGGAAACCAUUCUAUUUUUUAAAAAAAAAAGUAUGUAGUGAUAUAUGUAUGAGCUUUGCAUGGACGAGCUAAAGAAGCACACGGCCCUUCCUCACACAUUCAGAACCUGCACAUCCAUGUAAAAACCACGAUCCAUUUUUUUGAGAGAUGUGAGUUUAUUUGUAAUAAAUAAUGAUAUAGUUAUCCAUAUAUGCAUAUAUCUAUAUGCUGUGUUACGUGGUAAUGGUAUAUUACAGUCUGUGAGAUGGUUUACUCAUCUGUAAGAAACAAGACGUUUUCUGUGUAUGCAACGCUAAGUAUUGAUGUCAUAGACAUGUCUCCCACCCCACAACGUUCUGUACCUCUCACAGUACUGCCUGCCCGGGCAGCAGCAGCUGGUCAAUAAACACCUUUACCUGUUUUGUA